GGUUUCGAUGUGCCUGACAAGAAGAUAAACUCAGAAACGGGGCUUCACCACCUUCAAGUAGAGAAGGAUCUUCCACCACUUCCAACCGAUGUGGAUGAGCUGACGGGCCCACAGGCCCGAUGGCGUGCCUUUAUUCCGCCGCCUCCGGCCAAUGAAAUGCAACGAAUAUCAAGCAAGGACUCGACUCCCUAUUCUGUAUUUUCCGAGCACCCCAAAAGCGCCACCAUGGCUCUAGCGCAAGCUUCUUUCAAUGUCGGAGUCAGCGCCGCAGCACUGUUGCAUUCUCGAUCAAAUUUCCUCCGCUCCCCUUCAAAUCCAUCCCUUCCCCUCCGCCACGCCGAAAGUGGUGUUGAUGUUGAUGCUGAUGAAGGGUUUGCGGACCAUCAUUUCCCCAAGCGUUCGAAAGCUCGAAAGUCCAUUUUUGGCGGGUCUCCAUUUCGCAAGUUGACUCUGUCUCGUAAAGCGACACGCACAGAUCUCGGCGGGGGGAGCUCUAUGCAGGAAUCCCCUCGGCGCCGUUCUGCGUCGGGUGGUACAUCCAUAUCGAAUGAAAGCGUUGGUGCGCAGUUUCUCUCUAAAGAUCCAUUCAUGGCGUCUACUCAUCGGCUAGGGGAACAGCCACAGUCGCAUCUCAUCCCCGCACUUACCCUGACCACUCCUGCUGUGAUAGCGCCCGUUCCCUGGAGGAACUCAACAUUUAUCGAUUCAUCGACAGCUGAAUAUGCACCCAGCCAGUACGUGUCAGCUGGUGAGACUGGCGAUUCGCCAAUUGGCCGACCAACAGCCUGCAACAGCCUUGACGAAGACAACUCGUCACCGGCUAGCUCACUUAGUUCGACAAACCUGGCUCCCAAUCUCGACAAAGUUGCAGUACAGGUUAUCAAUGAUCCUGGCUCCGCCAGGAUUCGAGAGACAGAGGGCCCCACUCUAGCCAAUACAUCAGUCAAUAGCGGUUCUUUAGUAGGGAACUUCCAAGGUCCCCCCGACGCAGCUGAGCUCCCCUCUUCCACUUCAUUCGAUAUGUUCGACAGAGGUAGGGCUGCGUCUUUGCCCACUGAGCCGCCUUCUUUGCUAGUGUCUCCGGCAGACACUGAUCUGCCGAACUCACCAGUUUCUCUAACUGCACACAAGCAAGCCCAUCUCAGUACCAUAGUUCCCCCCGAUGGAGGGCCAACCCCUCGCCGGUCUGCAUCGACUCCUCGACUAUCUGUUGCCUUCGAACCGUCUCGCCACCGUUCUAUGUCUCUUUUCCACUCCACUGCACCGAAAACUCCAUUUUUUCCCACAAGUCAAACAGGCGAUGAAAGAGCAAUUCCCCAGCCCCCUUCAAAAAGUAUAUUGUCGGCAUCAGUUGAAGGGACCGACGUGGCGCAUUUACGUCCUCCUAUAUCUACUGGGCAGUCAUCACUUGUAUGGAAACUCACAAAAUCUUUCCUCUUUACGGGCUCGUCUCUCUCUCCCGCAACUACUCAGUCUCCCGCCAUAGUCGAAACAAGGCGCUCAUCUUCCAGUCUUGAGCGUCCUUCCACUCCCUUGUCUGAUAGGAAAUGCCUACCGCCGCCCAUUGAAGAUCGUGAGACACCAGAGCUAUACUUGAAAAGGUUGAUUGCGGCAGUAAGCAAAGCUGAAAUUGCGUCCAUCUUGGCGUCAAGGAAAGAGCCAUUCUAUACCACAACUCUGCAACUUUAUUUGUCCAAGUUUGAUUUCCGCUCUGAUCCGCUGGACAUAGCGCUACGGAAGUUCCUGAUGGAUGUGGGCUUACCUCGCGAAACUCAGCAGAUAGACAGAGUUGUUGAAGCAUUUUCGGCUCGCUACGAGACUUGCAAUCCAGGGCUUUUCGCCAACAACGAUCAUGCAUACAUUCUGUCCUUCAGUCUCAUUAUGCUGCAUACGGACGCCUUCAAUCCUUCUAACAAAACCCGUAUGAGGAAGGCUGAUUAUGUCAAGAACACCCGUUUGCCUGGUGUUGCCACCGAAGUAUUGGAGUGCUUUUAUGACAAUACAACAUUUGCCCCGUUUAUAUUUGUGGAGGAUAAUCUUGAUAUAACUGGACAGUUUGGGUAUCUGCCUGAUACUCCCGUGUCAAUCCGGAAUCGCUCGUCCACUCUUGUUUCCGGUCUAAAACCUGGACCGAACCCCCCCACUUCGUCAAGGCGGCGUCUGGAUCCGUAUGUCCUCAUAUCCGAGUUCAUGGAUCCCUCAUACCAUCCCGUUCUCCCUGGAGGGGUUGACCGGACAUUGACGAUUUCCGAAAGGAUACAACGCUUCCAGUCUGCUCCCCGGCUGGGGGUGCUUGAACAGACUCGCAGGCGAAGCAUCCCUCUUCUAUAUGGGGCCACAUCCGAUUUGCCAUCACCAGAAAGCCAUCAAAAGUUUGGGAUGACGAAGCUAGAUGUCAUGGACGAACAUCGGAAGGCCUCAAAUAGGAAGUGGAGGCAAUGGCGUGUUAUUUUGACCGGGUCUCAGUUGUUGUUCUUCAGAGAUCUUUCGUUACUUGUUGGUGUCAAAGAACGGGAUCUGCAUGAGGGCACGGUGCUCAUCGAUAUGAAACCUGAUGAGGUCAUCUCGCUGCAUGAUGCAGUUGCUCUUUUUGACCACUCCUACCACAUGGAUGAUGCAUCGUUUCGCUUUGUGUUGGCCAGCGGCCGACAGUUCAUUGUUAAGGCCGAGAGUCGUGAAGAAGCGUUGGAAUGGAUGUGCUUGAUUAACUUCGCAAGCACUUUCAGGUCGUUGGGGUUGCGAAUUCAGUUCACCUCUGACUACAUUGCGCCCAACCAGCAAGUCCUGGCCCAAGUUCAUCACGAUGUGAAACCCGACACGCCUGAAAUCCUAUCUUCUGUUGCAGAUGGUGCUGCAUCUUCGGGAUUCAAUUUCCCAAACAAGUCGAAUUCUUCUGGUGUGGAUGAAGGUUCAACGAUUGCUGCGCCAGGCGGCCUGGACACAUACCGUGCAGCCUGGGAUUCGCAUACCCUCCGUCAUCGAGUUGGUCUCUUGCGAGGUAAAUUGGAUGAUCUCAACAAGAAAAUCGUGACAACGAAAACCGCGCUUGAUGCAGAAAUGCGACUGAUACGUAAUUUCGAGAUUAUGACACCAUUUGUCCGCACAACACGAGACAGGAUACAAGCUGCUGUAAUAUCACAAGCAAAGCGAGUUCAGCAGCUCCGCCUGGAAAUGGCUCGGCUGUGCCUAUAUCAAACUGUGCUACACGAUGACCUGGACUAUUCGCAAUCACUACUACCUUCCCCCUCCGCCUCUCAUCCCGCCAACGAUGAGUCCCCUGCCUCUUUGGGUGCCCCAUCAAAGCCUCGGGAUGCCAGAUCAGCGGAACUUGCGGUGUCUUCCCUCUCAAUAAGCCAGGUUUCGAAACGACCCGAAUCUUCCAGCGGAUCGUUCUAUUCCGCUCUCGACGUUGAAUUUGCAGAUGCAAUCAAAGGAUUCCCACACACUGUUGUGCCCAUUCCGACCAGUCCUCUGGAUCAGCCGCAUUUCCCCAACCUAUUGUAAGCUUUACAAUCAAGGACACCCCGUUGGUGUUGAUAUUUCCCGCUUCGUCACCUCAUGCGAGGAUGUCAAUUUAUUCGACUUAGUAAGAUAACAAUGUGCUACUCUACACGUAUGCUAUCUAGUCCGCGUGAGAGAAUGGGUAUUAGUGAUUGCACAUUAAUUGUGCUUUUCGAACAAGCUUUUGCGAACGGCUGCUCUUAAUCCCUUUGCCCUCUCCCUUUGCAAGGCGAGACGUUUCGCCUGUAAGGCUUCGCGCUAAUGAACGAAGUCAGACGAACAUCUCACUGGAGAAAAUCUGAGACUGACCUGGCUGGCCUGUUUCAUCUCUCUACGCUUGAGAUUUUCGUAGAGUUUUCUUUUCUUGUUACUCAUUAGCAUUUUGUUCAUGUCUGAAGGAGCGCUCGAGUCUGUC